GGCGCAUUUAGUUGCGUUUUCAUUUCCUGUACUCUCCAUUUAGUCCGUAUAAAACUGGUGCAAUGAGCGAUCGUCCCAAAAGAAAAAGAAGGCAAACUAAGCCAAAAACCAGAGUGAGUAAUGCCCACUAUGUUGGAUAUGUGGAAGAUGAAGAAUCAGUUGAAGCAAUUAUGAAAAAGUUUGAAGAAUUAGAACGCAUUCAGCAAGAGUUCUCUUCUUUAAAUAUGAAUAAUAAAACAGAUGACAAUAAUAAAGAAAAUAUUGAUCAACACAUGGUGGAACCAGCAGACGAGAUAGCACCACAAUUAACUCAGGAACAGUUAGAAGAGGUCUUUAAACGGACCUCAGCAUUUACAGUCAGGAGUGCAACAAUAGAUACUGACCAAAUUGAGGAUCUGGAUGCACUAGAUUUAUGGCAAAUUGAGUAUAAAGACAGCAGUACGAAUGAAAUAUAUGAAGAAGACGAAUAUCAUUAUGUCGAUGAAGAUUUUUGGGAUGAAGAAUUUGGCGGAAAAAGUAAAAGAAGUAGACAGCAUAUGCGAGCUCCAAGAGAGCCGAAACAACCAACAAAUAGACGUGGUGGUGUAGACAGAGAAAGCAUCAUUGCGAAAUAUAAAAUUAUGCAAGUGCAAGUACAAGAUAGAAACGGCAAUUACUUUACUAUCAGAAAGAAAGUUAGUAAUGUGGAUCCAUCCUUACCCACCUAUGUAAAAAUACCCUCAAGGAUAAUCCCAUUAUCGUGGGCACAUACAAUACAUCGACUAAAAGCACCAGUUAAAGAUAUACCAGCAUCAAACUAUUAUGAAGUCAAUAACUUAAUAUCGGUAGAUUUAACACAGUACGGUACAAACUUCAAUGCUGUGUACAUGGACCCGCCAUUAUUACUUCCAGGAGAAGCUCCAUCGCCAGGGAAAAUUAGUAUUGAAGAUUUUGCUAAAUUGAAUGUUCAGGAUAUUGUUCAAACAGGCUUUCUGUUUAUCUGGUUGGAGAAAGAAUGGAUUCAGAAAGUCGUUAGCAUAACAGCAAAGUGGGGAUUCAAAUACGUUGAGAAUUUCUGCUGGAUCAAGAAGAAUAUCAAUAAUCAAAUCAGCAAAAGCCCAUAUACUUAUUUCAACAAGAGCAAAUUAACCCUUCUUAUCUUUAGGAAGGAAGGUGAAAUAGAACUGCGUCAUCAACGUAAUCCAGAUUGUAUAUUUGAUUUCAUCAGACCCAAACUACCAGAUGAAAUAACUGAGAAAAAGCCACCUUUUAUGUAUAAAGUAAUCGAAACUUUACUUCCAACAGCUAUUUACAAUGCAGAAACCAAUCCGAACGGAGAUAAACUACUAGAGUUAUGGGCAAAAAAGAAUUUUAAAAGGCAAGGCUGGACGUCGAUCGUGGAAACUAUUUCCUAAAAUAAGUAAAAUAAACGUUAUGUUAUGUACAAAUCCUGAGUGUGCAUACUACAAUAUAAGGGCUAGAGAACCAGUUUAAGCGUUGAGAAGGCUGAUGGAGAACGUUUGGUGAACUAACGCGUUUCCAUCUAAUAUAUUUUGCGAAUAUCAAUCCUCAAUAAAGAUUUAAUAAUUUUGUUUCUAUGCCAAAUUGUGCCUUAAUAAAGUG